CCCCUCGUUAACUGAAAAAGGAAAAGGAAGGAACUGGUUAAUGAGCUGAGCUGCCAUGGCUGCCCAAAGCUUUUGGCUUUACAUAUCCAUGGUUCUAAGUUUGGUGGCGAUUUUAUCAUCAUAUGGGAAUUGCAGCUUUGGAACUCACUUCCCCAUUGAAGAAGCAACGGUGAAAGAUCUCCAACUUGCUUUCUACCAAAACAAACUCACCUCCAGGCAACUUGUCAAGUUUUACCUCAAACAAGUGCGUAGAUUUAACCCCAUUUUGAAAGGGAUCAUAGAAGUGAAUCCAGAUGCUUUAGACCAAGCCACUAGAGCCGAUCAUGAGCGAAAGAGAAGCUCGCUGAGCUCUUUGUCACCAUUGCAUGGCAUUCCUGUACUUCUAAAAGAUAACAUUGCAACCAAGGAUAAGCUCAACACAACGGCUGGCUCCUUCGCUCUGCUUGGCUCUAUUGUUCCUCGUGAUGCAGGGGUUGUGACCAAGUUGAGAAAGGCAGGUGCAAUCAUCUUUGGAAAAGCGAGCCUGAGCGAGUGGUCUCAAUUCAGGUCCAAUCUCCCCAAUGGUUGGUGCGCAAGGGGUGGCCAAGGCAAGAAUCCUUACACAAUGGGAGAACCUUGUGGCUCGAGUAGCGGCUCUGCCAUAUCCGUUGCAGCAAAUAUGGUUGCAGUUUCACUAGGAACUGACACUGAUGGAUCAAUAUUAUGCCCUUCUACUUACAACUCAGUAGUUGGCAUCAGACCAACAGUAGGUCUCACCAGUCGAGCUGGGGUUGUUCCGAUCUCUUCGAGACAGGAUGCUGUUGGGCCUAUUUGUAGAACAGUAUCAGAUGCUGCUUAUGUUCUAGAUGCCAUUGUAGGAGCAGACAAAUAUGAUAAUUCAACAAUUGAAGCAUCAAAAUACAUUCCAAAAGGUGGGUAUGGCCAAUUUCUGAGGCCUGAUGGGCUGAAAGGAACGAGAAUAGGAAUCGUGAGGAAAUUCUUUGAUUUUGGCGACGAUGGUGUCUUCUACUCUGAAGCUUAUGAGAAAGUUUUCAAAUCCUUGAAGCAAGGAGGAGCAAUAUUGGUGGACAAUCUGACGAUAGACAGCCUAGACAUAAUCAUUGGUGGUUUAAGUGGAGAGUGGACUGCAUUGCCAGCCGAAUUCAAAAUAUCCAUAAAUGCAUACCUCAAAGAGCUAGUUGCUUCUCCAAUUCGAUCCUUAUCAGAUGCAAUAGAAUUCAACAAAAAGAACUCAAAACUUGAGAAGCUAAAGGAGUAUGGUCAGGUGUUGUUUCUAGAAGCAGAAGCCACAAAUGGAAUUGGAGAUGUAGAAAAAGCAGCAUUAGCCAGCGUAGCAUCACUGUCAAAAAAUGGAUUUGAGAGAGUAAUGAUUAAGAAUAAACUUGAUGCAAUAGCAGCACCUGGUGGGUUAAUCUCUCCUGUUCUUGCAAUUGGAGGCUUUCCUGGAAUUAGUGUACCAGCUGGAUAUAGCCCUGAUGGGGUACCUUAUGGCAUUGGCUUUGGAGGAUUAAAAGGGUUUGAACCAAGGCUGAUAGAGAUCGCAUAUGGAUUUGAGCAAUUGACUAAGAGUAGAAAGCCCCCUUUAAUUAAGAGACAUUAAAUUAUUCAUCUAUGGAUGAAAUCUUAAGACAGACUUUAGUAAGUUUGCCACAACCAAGUGGACUUAUAAUGUUUAAUCCUUGUGAUGAAACUACAUGCUUCAAUAAGUAAUAAAAUGUUUCCAUUAACUUA